AUGUUCAGAUCUGUGAUCUGGUUAGUCCCUAGAUCGCGGCUCGCCGCCAGGUUUGCAAGCAAUGCGACCUACAAUGCCGCUUUGGCAUCAUUGAAGAAAGAUUUAAAGCAAGCAAUGAUUUCCAAAGACGAUGUAAAGAAGACUACCAUAAGAUCUCUCUUAUCUAGCAUCAAGAAUAAGGAAAUCGAUAGUAAGGGGGAAGAAUUGAAUGAAUUUUCGCUUUCAGAAAUUUACGCCAAACUAAUCAACCAAAGAACGGAUUCAAUCGACGAGUUUCUGAAAAAUGGAAGAGAAGAUUUAGUCGCGAAGGAAAGACAAGAACUAGCCAUCAUUAAGAGCUAUCUCCAUGAACUACCAGUUGCCUCGAAAGAGGAGGUUGAUACCAAAGUUGCAGAAUUGUUGAAGAGUUUCCGAGAGGCCACUCCCGAUUUGCAGUUAAAGCAAAUCUUCGGCAAAAUUGAUUGGGAAACAUUGCCAGCUGAAUGGAAAGCCUCUCCAAAAACCAUUAAAAGUAGCAUUGUUGGUCAAUUCAAGCAAAAUCAAUAA